GGAGUAUACUGAGAGAUCCCUUCUCGUCCACAUCUCUCUCUCUCUCUCUCUCUCUCUCUCUCUUUCAUGAUUGAUUUUGCAAUUUCCUUUUGGGUCUUCCAUUUUGUUUGAUGUUCUAGGAAUUGGGGCCUGGUUUAUUGUUGCUGUUUGUGUACUUUUUUGAGUUUUCUUGCAAUGGGCAAAGCAAGGUUGCUGCUGAAGAAACAUGAAGAAGAAGAAGAGAGAUUGUUGUAAGGGUUUGGUGCAGUUCCUCUUAGCUCUCUUCUUUCUUUGAACUUUUCUAUAUCUAUUCCUGGAGAAAAUUAAUAUUAUCUCUUGGGAUUGAAGCAAAUUAGACAAGAGAUCAUAGUUUCAGCUUGUUUACUUCACUUUUGUGUAAAAUCCUCUCUAGAAUUGGAGUUUUCCUUCUGAUCUAAGAAGUUUCUGUAGAAGUAAAAUAAGAUCUGUGGCUCAUGAAGGUAGUAGCCUAGAGAUUCUGUAAUCAUCUUCAAACCCUAGGACAUAUCAGAGAUAAGAUGAUGACUAAGGGCUUGAUGCUCCAACAAUACCCAGUUGUGGAGGAGAAUAUGUCUAAUUUGACAUCUGCUUCUGGAGAAGCAAGUGUUUCUUCUGGCAACAGAACUGAAAUUCCAGUGGUGAAGAAGAAGAGGAAUCUUCCAGGCAAGCCAGACCCAGAUGCAGAAGUGAUAGCUUUGUCUCCUAAGACUCUCAUGGCCACAAAUAGGUUUGUCUGUGAGAUUUGUAACAAAGGAUUCCAGAGAGAUCAGAACCUUCAGUUGCACAGGAGAGGACAUAAUCUUCCAUGGAAACUGAAACAAAGAACAAGCAAAGAGAUAAGGAAGAGGGUAUAUGUAUGCCCAGAAACUACAUGUGUGCAUCAUGACCCUUCAAGGGCUCUUGGGGACCUUACAGGGAUCAAGAAGCACUUUUGCAGAAAGCAUGGGGAGAAGAAGUGGAAAUGUGACAAGUGUUCAAAGCGUUAUGCAGUUCAAUCAGAUUGGAAAGCUCAUUCCAAGACUUGUGGCACAAGAGAGUAUAGAUGUGAUUGUGGAACCCUUUUCUCAAGGAGGGAUAGUUUCAUCACUCACAGAGCCUUCUGUGAUGCUUUAGCAGAAGAGAGUGCAAGAACAAUCUCAGCAAACCCACUUCUCUCCUCUCAACCUGGUACUUCAACAUCACACUUAAAUCUCCAACCUCAAUUCAAUCCUCAUGAUUUUCAACCAUUCUCCAUGAAAAGAGAACAACAAGUACACCAACCACAUUUCAAUCUUAGGUCAGAUUUACCUCCAUGGUUAACUUGUUCAUCAGCCUUAGGAGUUAACCCAGGUCCUCCACCACCACCUAUUGACCUCUCUUCAUCAGUAUUCUCUAACCCGAACCCUAAUCCUUCUCUCUCCCAUUACCAUCCCUCAUCCUCUCCACACAUGUCAGCUACUGCAUUACUACAGAAAGCAGCUCAAAUGGGUUCAACAAUGAGUAAACCCCACCAAGCUCACAUGUCUGCUAAUAUUAGUAAUACUGCAGUUGGGACAACUGGUUUCGACCUGGGUUUAUCUUCACGUGAAGAGAUGGAAAGUGGGUUUGUUUAUGGAUUGGGUGGUUUCGGGGACAAAGCUGGUAGUGUUGCUUCUGGUCUUAUGGACCACGUAUCUGCAACUGCAACUGCUAUUACAGGAGCAGGAGCUCCUUCUCUACUUCAGGAUAUUAUGCGUUCCCUCUCUUCUGCAAGUGGGUUAGAUGGGUCUUCCUUUGGAGAUGGCUUUGGUGGAAUGUUGGCUUCAUCAAAGAGAAAUGAACAUGAAGCUCUCUCAAACUCAAAGACAACAUCAUCGACUACCCAUCAUAGUAGAUAUGAUGAAGGUGGCGGUGGCGGUGGCGUUGGUGGUGGUGGUGGCGGUGGCAGUGGUGCUGGUGCUGGUGGAGCUGAUCAUGGCAUGACUAGAGAUUUCUUGGGUCUUAGAACCUUCUCUCAUAGAGACAUUUUCAAUAUAGCUGGUUUUGAUCACUGCAUGAGUUCUUCUGCACAUGAACAACAGACUCAGAAUCAAAGACAGUGGCAAGGUUAGCCUCUAUAUGUUUUUUUGUUCUUUUUAUAUGUUUCUUUCCUAUUCGUUUUCCUUUCCCCUUCCUAUAUUAUUCAUCAUCCUUGUGUUUAAUCUUUACUCCUUGACAUUUCCUCUCUCUUUUUGUCUUCCCCCAGGGGGAACUUUUUAUAAACCUACUCUCUCUCUCUCUCUGUAAUUCAAAAAUGGCUAUAUAUAUAUAUAUAUAUAUAUAAUAAUAAUAAUAAGAAAACUUGCAAAGGAAACCCUAGCAUUCUCCA